UAGAGGGUGGGCAUUCUUUUUAGCGAAGGUAGCGUACAAGGAAAUAAUACUUUACAACCAUGUUAAAGGCCUAAUUGAGUAACGAAUAAGGAUUUGACAACUUCUAAUGUAAAAGCCCUUUUAAUAUAACGUUAUACUGUACAGCAUAAAAAAGGAUUCAAAGUGAAUCCUACAUUUCAAGGAUGGUACCAUUUCACAAGAUAUGUUAUUAUUCUGAUUAAGUUGUUCAAAGGCAUUCAAAUGAAGGGUAAUGAUAAUUUUGAAGAACCCGAAUUACAAUUUGAAGGUAAAACUGAUUGCUUCCAAAGACCUCCUGGGAGCCCCAAUAAACAAACUGACAGCCGUCAUAAACUAUUCAACAACUUGAUUUCUGAACUUGAAUUCUCCUGCCAUUGCUGUUACGACAUUCUGAUUAAUCCAACAACUUUAAACUGUGGACAUAGUUUCUGUAGGCACUGCCUUGCCUUGUGGUGGGAUUCCUCCAAGAAGACAGAAUGUCCAGAAUGCAGAGAAAAAUGGGAAGGUUUUCCCAAAGUCAACAUUUUGCUGAGAAAUGCAGUAGAGAAGCUGUUUCCGAAGGUUGUAUCACAAAGAAAAGCCGAGAUUCAUCUUGAUCAUAAAAUUUCACAAAGUCUUGAGUCCUUCCAGAAGUAUGGGGAUGAGCAGUUAGCAAGAGGUGUGAACUCUUUCGCUGGGCAACGGCGACAGGGUGGCGCUGGAGGAGGAGGUGGAUUUUUUUCGGGUGUCCUGACAGCACUAACUUGUGUUGCAGUAAUACUACUUGUUUAUCACUGGAGUAACAGAGAAGAACAAGAUCUUUUAGUUCAUAAGCCUAUAGAAAAAUGGACUGCAGAGGAGGUUCUAUUUUGGUUGGAGCAAUUGGGACCUUGGGCAUCCCUUUACAAGGAGAGAUUUCUUGAGCACAAAGUUAAUGGAAGCAGACUCCUUAUGAUGAUGGAAGAUAAUGAUCUUUUCAUUGAAAAUCCCACCCACAAGAAAGCAGUUUUGAGGGAGCUUGAUCAUGUUAAAAAACUUGGUGCCAAACCACCUCAGAACCUUUGGGAAUAUAAGGCAGUAAAUGCUGGAAAGUCGCUGUUCCUACUGUAUGCCUUGAAGAGUACACCACGCCUCACGAUGCUGUAUCUUUACCUGUUUGAUUACACCGAAAGUUUCCUUCCUUUCAUGCAUACAAGUUGUCCUGGGAAUGCAGAAGAAUUUGAAGAUGGUUUUUUGAAAAAACACUUGCUGAGAGAUCCAGGUUGGAAUCAAUGGGCACAGUUUUUAGUGAAAUAUACUUUUCUGCCAUACCAACUAAUUGCAGCGUUUGCUUGGAAUUGGUUAGCGGUUCAUUACUGGACUUCUCGAUUCAUCAUUGUGAAUGCAAUGCUUCUGUCAUUAUUAGAAGCGUUUGCAUUUUGGAGGCUUUGGUCAAGAGGAGAACUCAGAACUCUUCAUCAACGGAUGUUCAGCCAUUUCUGGAAAGUGACUUCACAAGGCCUCUUGGUGGUAAUUGUGUGGCCAAUAACUCCACAAUUUGUGUGCAAUUGUUUGUUUUAUUGGGCCUUAUAUUUUAACCCAAUUAUAAAUAUUGAUCUUGUGGUAAAAGAAAUUCGGAGUCUGGAUACUCAAGUGCCGUGAAAUGAACUAAUACAUAUUUGAGUGGACUUUACAUUUUGUUAUUCAUCUGAUAACGCAUCCUUUUACUGUGAUAUGACGGCUGCACAAGUUACUUGGAUGAUUGGGUAUUUUCCUCAUAAAAAGAUGAAGAAUCUAGUAAUAAUGCCACGCAUACAAGCUUAAACAGCAAACAAAGCCAAUCAUUACAUGUAAAGCCAAAGGGUUAUAUUAAAAUCUAAAGCUUUACAAUGCAGCAGGAUGCUUGAAGAUAACAUGUUUGGGUAAGUACAAGUUAGCUAACAACUCAAAUGAUAUGUGUAUGUCGCAUCACUUUAAUAAUGAAAACAAUUUAGUACGACUAGACUAUUGAAUUUGUUAAAGCUGCUUAUUUUUAUAACAUGAGCAAAUUUGUCAGUUCUACUCGUAUUUACAGAGGGUUAGAUUUAAAACAAAAAAAUGCUUUUAAGGUGUUUCUUUCCUAUAAAAGUCACUCUUCAUUUAAAAUAAAUGUGUUAUUGACAUACUCGUCCAUUACUUUCACUAAAAUUGUUUGGAUUCAUUUGUUAAAUGAUACUCCUCAAUAAUGAUCAACAUGUGUAUCAUCUCCUACACUACCUUUUACUUAAAUAUAAUUGCCUUCUGUUUUGAGACGAGUUGUUGUUUUUUCCAUGCUCGAGCUAGAAAUAAUGCUGCAUUUUACAAGAAGUAAUUGUUUACAUUUUUAUAUUUUCUUUGUUUUAUCAAGCAUUACAAUAAUAAAACAUGGCAGCAGUCAUUCAGUGAUAGUGCUGCCUUAAUUCAGAGCUCCCAUAUGUAUGUCUGUAAGGCACUCUGGCAGUUUCUUUGAGGUACAGAAUCUGCAAAGCUGCAUUCAACUGUUAAUUGUAGUGACUGAAGAAUAUGUUUGUUAAUGUUUUGUAAUACAAACA